AUGUAUAGCACAUGGCCCCCUUUAGAAGCUGAGAUACGCCGAAGACUAUGGUGGUCGCUUGUGGUCUUCGAUAAUCGCAUAUGCGAAAUGUCUGAUUACGGAACCACUUCUUUGAAUCCUUCGUGGGAUUGCAGAAUUCCUCUCAAUAUGAAUGAUUCAGGGCUUCAGCCAAAGAUGAAGGCCUCACCGGCAAUAGCAGACUACAAACCAUCAGAGAUGAUUUUUGUGGUUUGGCGCUGCCAGCUGGCUGACUUCAUCCGCUAUAGUGCCUUCCAUCUUGACUUCACUAACCCGUGCUUCAACAAAGUAAUGGCAGCUAGGUCUAGCCAUAUAGAGGAGGCACGGCAUUUAGUAGCCCUAGAAAGGACGAUAGAAGAGAAAUAUCUCGCAUCCUGCAAUUCAGAGAGCCCCCUUCACUAUAUGACAAUCUGGACAAUACGUGGCUACAUCGCGAAGUAUCGUCUGCUGCAGCACUAUACCCUGAACGCCAAGAAGCAACCAGAUCCGCUGCAUACUAUUGGUAUCUUCUAUGCUCUACGCAUGCUAGAAUGCAAUACAAAUCUUAUGGACUCGCCACGUAUCAAAGGUUACCUCUGGCUUGUUCAAUUUCACUUCCCUUUCCUUGCUUACAUACACCUCCUUCAAGAUUUGAAAAGACGGCCCGUCGAAAACCACACCGAUACGGCCUGGAAGGCCAUGACCCAUAACUAUAUGUUACGCAUAGCGGGUUCAAACCAAGAAGAACACAGUGACUUUUUUCUUGUUUUUUCUAGGAUAGUUCUUCAAGCCCGGGAGGCAUGCGAGAAUAGUGCUCGAGAAAAGGGUAAGAUACUAAUAACUCCAGAUAUUGUGCUGGAUAUCAAAAAAAAGAUUAUACAAAUAACAACAAAUUUCUUGGGCAAUAUUAGCACGGCGCAGAGUAAUGAGUCAAACACUUUUGAUGAAAAUUACGAUAAUAAUGAGAGGCUGGGGUUUAAUUUGGAUUCAUUUGAGUACUCUGAUUUAUUCCAAUUAAAUACUAUAGAGGAGCUUUUAAAAUCUAACUAG